CAACAAUAAACAAAUUCAGUGAAAGGAAGCGGAUCGACGAUUUUUUAACCUGCAGUCUCGCAGCCAGCACACGAGUCUGCCAGAUACGAGAGGCUGGAAGUCGUUUAUUUUUAUUUUAUUUUAUUAUUUUUCUAAAACGCAGUCAGCUCAAGGUGUCGGCUCAGCCUCCCUGCAGCCUCCAGUCCACCGCCGAGCGAACAAACACCGUGGACGCUGCAGGCUAACGCCGAUGGGAAACUCGCGUUAGUCCUUUAAUCAAGCUGGCUUAGUGCAAACUGAUGAAGAAGAAGAAGAUGAUGAUGAUGAUGCGCGAACAAGUCUGACGGAGAUGUUCAUCACUGGUUAUCACCCCCUCACCUGAGCCCAGCAGCCUUCACGCACAAAGUGGAGUUGGAUCCGUCUGCAGGUGGAGAUGUGUGCUCUAACAUGCUAGGACCAUGUUCAAAAAUGUGUUCAGCUCAGGGUUUCUGGUGAGAACAGCUCAUGUGAUUCUGACAUGGGUCAUCACGCUGAUCCUCUUCCUACAUGACACAGACCUGAGGAAGCAGGAGGAGACAGGCGACCUGGUCCAGCCGGUGUUCUUCGUCCUGCUGGUGCUGCUGUCGGUGCUGCUCUAUUUUGCUGUUUCACUCAUGGACCCUGGCUUCAUCCUGUCUGAUGACAGCGACCUACAGUUCACCCUGGGAGUGACGGAGGAGCAGCAGGACAUGAUCCCGCCCACCACCAAGUCUCUGCGGCAGCGGCGCUGUGGCCACUGCCUGCUUCAGCAGCCAAUGAGAUCCAAGCACUGCCAGACGUGUCAGCACUGUGUCCGGCGUUACGACCAUCACUGCCCCUGGAUUGAGAACUGUGUUGGCGAGAGGAACCACCGGUGGUUUGUGCUUUACCUGGCGGUCCAGCUGCUGGUGCUGCUGUGGGGGCUGCACAUGGCCUGGACGGGCUUCAGCUACGCUCCCACCUGGCAGCUGUGGCUGCGCACCAACGGCAUGCUGCUGGCCGUGGCCGUGCUGGUGGCUCUGCUCUCCCUGACGGUGCUGCUCCUGCUGGGCUCCCACCUCUACCUGGUGUCUCUCAACACCACCACCUGGGAGUUCAUGUCGCGCCACCGCAUCUCCUACCUCAAACACUGCGGCGCCGAUGAAAACCCCUUCGACCGCGGCACCUUCCACAAUCUGUGGGGUUUCUUCUGCGUCUGGGGCACGGUGGUGUGGGAACAGGUGUACUUCAGGGAGGGAAGCGACCAGGUUUAGUCAGGUAAUGCAGGGGGACACACUGCAAUGCCUCGCAGGCUGAAAAGACUGGACAACACACACUUUACGACUGACUUUGGCACACGAUUUUUUUGUCUCAUCGUCAGAGCCAUCAGGCCCCAUUAGACAGAUCAGGCACUGCACCGAGGGCCCUGCCUUCCUCAGUAUAGGGCUCCCACAACCAAUCAGAUUUUUUUAAAGCUCAAGCCUACGAAACUCAACAAAUUCAAUAUGAAGAAAAAAUACUGGAGCAUUAGUGGAAAAAAAAAGACACCAGAAAAAUAGCAAAAAAGAGAACAAACUGUAGAUGUUAUUAAAAUGACUAAAGGUCAGAUCAGUGAUGCUGAGUCAAAUCUCUUGUGUUGAAAUGCUUGCGAAAGUUGUGUGAACGCAACCUUCACAAGCUUUUAACCUUUAAGAUUCAAUCGGCUUCUUUCAAAAACAUGCGAAAAAGGCUGAUGGCAAUUUAGCAAGAAAUGACACGAAAAUAAGCAAAAAAUUAGUCAAAAAUCAUAAGAAAAGUUUAAAAAAAGACAAUUUUAGAAGUAAAGUGCCCAAAAAAUCCCACAUUGAGUUUUGUUCAUAAGCUGAAAUAAAAGGUUUUAGAAUCUACUCUGGGGCCUACAUUGAUCUGUUCAUGGUAAAAUGCAGGUGCCCUCUAAUGUUGUUUUGUGUCGGGCCCCCAAAUGUCUUAGAACGGCCCUGCUCACCGUCAACGCACACUUGACACUAAGUUGGAUUUGGGGAUUGCGAACCUGUCCGCAAGAUAAAAACAGUGAAUGAGCAGUGCGGGAGUUGUGUGUGACGGGUGAUGCAGUUGACCUUGCGCAGGCUCUUGUGCCAUAACUCCGCCAACCUCUCCGCUUCCAGUAGCUCAGUGCUCAUGGAUCGCUUGCUCGUCUCUUCUUGCAGUGUUGGUCUUUUCCACAGUUCCUGUAUAUUAAUCCUCCCAUCUCCCUCCAGAGUCAACACUAUCAUCAGGCUGUGUAGUGUGUCCCCAGCAUGACUUACCUACUCAUUGUUACCAUCUGAACAACUAGCUACCUGCACUAGAGAUGUUUCCUUACUCUAACAGUUGUUUACAACCAUUUAAGUGUACCACGAGCAUGUAUUUCCUUUAAAACAGGAAGUUACAUCGUUUGCAGACACUUUACUGCCCGGUUCAGGGCCGUGUGACUUAACGCUGGUCACCAAGUUGUUGGCGUGAUGAGGGAUUGGAAAGCCCUGCCGGGACACAAGCUUGGUGUUCGCUUGUUUGUGCAUCCUCGUCCGACCUGACCUCGCCCCAGCUCCCUCUGCUGAACGAGUCAUGUGACCAGCGACUUGAUGUUGUGAAAAACUCAGCUUUUACCAUGAAGGGUGUAUGGUAAACCUGACUGAUGGACUGUUAAUGAAUUAUGAGGUUUACUUUUGAUAAAGGACCAUUACGGUGAUUUUGUAUGUUUGGUGUAACGUCUACAAAAUGUAUCUACUUCAUGUUUCUGCUCAUCUUUUCCCAAAGCAAACAGCCAUAUUUUAGAACUCCCAUGUCAUUUUUCUUGCCUUUUAUCCAGCCGUUGGUUUCAAUGAUCUGAAAAUGAACCACUAUUCCAUCUCUGUAAUAAAGUCGUCCACAUUAGUUUUCCUAAAAGCAGCAGCACUUGGAAUCAGGUGGAGUGAAAUGGUCCCUCCGCUAGAAAAAAUAGUCCCAGGGGAAACAUUUGCUUUACACAGCCAAUUAUCAGCUCUGCGGUUUAUGAACAGUGACGACUCUGUUAGUUGCAGAAGCAGAACAUUGUAAGGCGGGUGUUUGAACCAAAAACUAUCAUUUGAAAUUGAAGGGAUUUUGAUUAUAUGUUGUGAACUUUUCAUCACCCCGACAUGAUUUGCAGAAUGGUUUGUUGCAAUGUAAAAUGUUGAUAAACUGUAGUAAAUGGAUCAAACAUACAAAAUCAGCAGUAUGGUCCUUUAAUAUCUGUUAAUACUUUCAUAAACCUUUGAUCAAAUAAUGCAACUUCUUUUCCAAGCAUGUCUAGACAAUCCAGAUCUGUGGUUGGUAUAUUUAUAUUUUUUUCAUUGUUUACUCAGUGGGUUCAGACACUUGGAUUUGCAACGUGGUAGGUUUGCCAUGUCUGGUGUUGGAAGGUACAUUACUGUUGUGUUUCAUGAGAACAGCUGCUGUAAACGCUGGGCUUGAUGAACUCUGCACAGAGACGCAAUACAGGGUCCGCUCAGCUCAGCAGCUUUUCUUUAAACAACAAAAGUGUUUGCAUUGAGAGAAGCUGUCUGUAACCACUCUAAUAAAGAACAGCAAUGUUUUUUAAGCACGAUUGAGCAGUUUGAAAAUGGUGAGAAAUAUGUGAAUUCAUAUUGUUCCUAGUAACCAACAAAACCGAGAUGUGCGCUUUAAUUUUCAAUAGACGGCAUUUCCAACUAUUUUAUAUUGUAUGUCAUUUUCUAAACUAUUUUGGAACAGCCGGAGAUAUUUGUAUGACAGUUGAUUUAAUACGGUAGCUUAAAGAAGUACUGUGGAAUAGUAACUAAGAAGUAAGUAGAAAGCCUUGUGUGCAAUAAAUUGUUCGGUAUUUCCAUAUUAGCUUUCCCUUGUGCAAUAGUAAACUUUUGAGAGCAAUAAAUGUGGUAUUUAACUUAUUGUACCUUAGUUGUCUUGGACAAACUGCUUAUUGCUUCCAGUUAGACUUAAUGUCAAUGAGAUGUGGUUUAUAUGAAAUUACAUUUGAUUCAUGUUGUGUACUUACAUGCAAUUCAGUCAUGCAUUUUUUUUUUACUUUGAAAAUAUUGUAUUCCAUCAAUAAAUGGCUAUUUCAUCAA